GGCGGCAGUAUCGAGCGAGCGCGCAUGCGUAGAUUUCCCGUACUAAAAUUUCUUUCAACGCGAGUUCUCGUCAGCCAAAGGAUGGCACCUAGGUACGAGUUGGCCAUAGGCCUGAACAAGGGCCACAAAACCACGAAAAUUCGUGUAGCUAAGAACAAGGGUGAGAAGGAGAAGACCGUGGCUCUUCGACCAGCCCGUUUGAAGGGGCGUCAGACAAAGCACAGCAAAUUCGUCAGAGACCUGAUCCGUGAGGUAACCGGUCAUGCUCCAUACGAAAAGCGUGCUAUGGAGUUGCUCAAGGUCUCCAAGGACAAGCGAGCACUCAAAUUCCUGAAGAGAAGGUUGGGCACGCACAUUCGCGCUAAGAGGAAGCGUGAGGAGCUGGGUAAUAUCCUCGUCCAGAUGAGAAAGGCUGCCGCCCACCACUAAGCAUGGGUGGUUCGAUUAUUUGUAAGAAUAUACAAAUUAAGAAAAAAAUAAAAUGAACUACAAUCAUUUACAAAUC